CCGCGGCCCGGCCUCGCCUCGCGCCUCGCCUGCGGUCGGGCCGGACUGGGCGGUGUCAGCGGAGGCCCUCGGCAGGCGCGUCCGCCGCGCGACACCCGGGCAGCCGCGGCGCCGACGGGAGCGGCAGCGGGGGCCCCGCCAUGGAGACCCGCUACAACCUGAAGAGCCCGGCUGUUAAACGACUGAUGAAAGAAGCGGCCGAAUUGAAAGACCCCACUGAUCAUUACCACGCUCAGCCUCUGGAGGAUAACCUUUUUGAAUGGCACUUCACAGUUAGAGGGCCCCCAGAUUCUGAUUUUGAUGGAGGAGUUUAUCAUGGACGCAUAGUUCUGCCACCAGAGUACCCCAUGAAACCACCGAGCAUUAUUCUGCUAACGGCUAAUGGGCGAUUUGAAGUAGGCAAGAAGAUCUGCCUAAGCAUCUCAGGGCAUCAUCCUGAAACCUGGCAGCCUUCAUGGAGCAUAAGGACAGCAUUGCUGGCCAUCAUUGGUUUUAUGCCAACUAAAGGAGAGGGAGCCAUAGGUUCUCUAGAUUACACACCCGAGGAGAGAAGAGCACUUGCCAAAAAAUCACAAGAUUUCUGUUGUGAAGGCUGUGGCUCUGCCAUGAAGGAUGUCCUAUUGCCUUUAAAAUCUGGAAGUGAUUCCAGCCAGGCUGACCAAGAAGCCAAAGAACUGGCGAGACAAAUUAGUUUUAAGGCCGAAGUCAAUUCAUCUGGAAAGACUAUCGCUGAAUCAGACUUAAACCACUCUUUUUCACUAAAUGGUUCACAAGACGAUUUACCUACAACAUUCCAGGGUGCUACAGCCGGCACAUCGUAUGGAACCCAGAAUCCAUCUGGAGCACCCUUGCCACAACCUACCCAACCAGCUCCUAAGAAUACCUCCAUGAGCCCUCGACAGCGCCGGGCCCAGCAGCAGAGUCAGAGAAGGUCUACUUCCCCCGACGUGACCCAAGGCCAGCCGCCAAGAGCCAACCAUACUGAGCACGGCGGGUCUGCCAUGCUCAUUGUCAUCCUGACUUUGGCACUGGCAGCUCUUAUAUUCCGACGGAUAUAUCUGGCCAAUGAGUACAUAUUUGACUUUGAGUUAUAAUGCUGGUUUGUGACUUAAGAGCUGAGACUCAGUUGCUUCAUUAAACAUUCUGCAUUGGGUAUAACCUAAGGAUUGUUUACAAAAUAUUAUUUUGUAUUUACCCUUCAUUACUUUUUUAUUGUUAUAAAUUCUUUGUGCUAUAGGUAGACAUUCAGGCCGUGUCCCAACAAUUUGUCCUGCUUAGAUUAAGGGACUGGAAGCCAUAGUUCCUUGUCUAUUUAAUCUACGUCACAAACAAAUAACUUAUUGUGAUUGCUCAUACCCAAGCUGCUUUCCCAUGGAUUUGCAAUGCUUUUCUAUGUAGUCCUUUGGAGUUUUCAGAUAAAAGGUGGUGUUUUCACAUCCACCAGUAUUACUGGUUACUCAGUAUCACUUACUGAGUACCCUCUCUAGUUGUGUAGAAGAGAGGAUGAAGAACGGCAGGGGGAGGGCACAUUGCUCACUAGCUUCUUGAAAAGCAUCAUAGUAGGACAGACUGGGGUUGCCCAUUCUGUGAUCUUUGUAUUUGAAACUUUGGUCAGUGAGAAUAAUUUUAUUUCAGACAUUGAUGAAGAUCUUCGUUGUAUUUUUGUUUUUGGAUAUUACUUGAAGAGGAAAGGCUUUGUAGUCACUUUGUAUGCUGUCAACCCCUCCAGUAUGCACACAGAGGAGAACAGGCCGUUAUAAAGCGUCCAUGCCAAGAAAUAGUUCGAUCUUCUUUCAUGUUAGGUGAGGAGAUCAUAAAGUUUGACUCUGCUCUGCUUUCAUUUGUACCUGAUGUGAGUUAUAUGCCCAGCUCUGUAGUCACUGUAGCUUUAAAUUAUUCCAGGAAUAUACAUAAUAUUCAAAUAUUAAUAGAAGAACUCAGGGCCCAAGUAACAGUAGUAGAGGGAUUAAAAACAAUCCAACUUUUAUUUAGAAUUGUUCACUAAUCAAAGCCCAAGAAAGAUUUCAAUGGAAAAGUUGAUCUAUCACUUAGUGCCAGUCAGUUCCCCAGAUGCUGACAUCGAAUUUGUAAUCAGUGCCUAGUGAGACCACUUAAGGCAGGAUUGCCUUGGGCAUGUUCCUUCAGCAACCUUGAGGGAGCUCUUAAGGGGCCUGUAUUGCUGAUUUAACUGGAAAAUAUAGGUAGUCCCGAGCUUUUAAAUAUAUCAUGCCCAUUUUUAAGCUUUCUUUUGUUUUUUGUUUUUUAAAGACAAUAUAAAUAGUUAUCUGGGUUCUAGGUCAGUCUACAAAAGUUAGUAGCGCAUACAUAUUUUAAGUAUGUGUCAGGGCCGGGCAGUGGUGGAGCGCGCCUUUAAUCCCAGUACUCGGGAGGCAGAGGCAGGUAGAUCUCUGUGUUUUCGAGACCAGCCUGGUCUACAAGAGCUAGUGCUAGGACUGGCUCCAAAGCUACACAGAGAAACCCUGUCUCGAAAAACAAAAAAAAAAAAAAAAAAAAGUAUGUGUCAGGGUAUAGUUGUAAAGUCUUUAUGUGGUUUUAACUAAAUACAGUUAUGAGCAAGAUAGAAACAGCACACAAAAUCAUUUUAGAGGUGAGUUUAAUUUUUACUUCUAUUAUGUGAUUUUUGGGUCUGUUAACAUAAUUUCCAUUUUUAUUUGGUAGCCAGUUUUCGUUGUGUCAACACCUAAAAUUUAAAAAGGUUCUUAUGCUGUAAUAAGUUAAAUUAUUAAAGUUUAAUAGAUUAGCAUUUUAUAGUUAUUCAGAUUGUUUAUGAAACUGGUAAAGUCUAAAAAGCCAAGAAUAUUGUGAUGACCUCCUGACAGGAAGACUAUAGGUUACCAUUUUUUAAAAUUUUCUUGCUGUGAAAAGUAUAUUUUGAGGUCUUAGUUUAUAAUACCAAAUAUGAAAAACAUUGAUUGGGUCAGUGGUCUCCUAGGAAGAAGCCAGUAGCCCAGUGGAAGCCUGGGUGGCCUUCCCGUUUAGGAGAGAAACCCCACACUGUCACCCUGUGCUGAGAUGGCUCAUCGCUAGAGCAGUCUUCCUCCCAGCCAGACUGGCAGCUCUGGCAGCUCUGUGAUCCUGCUGCAUCUUCCGUGGGAACCUCUGCUAAGCACUGAGGUUGCUUUGUGAUCUCAUCCAUUCUCCCCUCACUGUUGCUAACUGGCUACCUCCGAAUGUGUGUUGGUAUUUUUUAGCACCUGAUACACACAUCAAAGUGGUACAGUUUACUUCCCAACCAUAAUGCUAUCUAAAAAUUGUCUUCCCACCCCCACCUUGGAAUCACUGAAGCGCCUCCAUUGUUAAAGCCUCAGUUUAGCCCUUAGUCCCAGCAUAUGGCCCAAACCAUGUAGACGCUGCUAGGUACAGUCUUAGGAUUCCUGUUUCUCUAGUUCUCAGAUUUCAAAACUCACAGCUUCACUGACCAGCAUAGCAUAUGACUGCACAUCACGGUAGUUAAAAUAGCAUGCUUGAAAAUUGCCUGUUCCGCUUGUAGAGGUGUGAGCCCUGAGCCUUCCAGACCUUCUGUAUGUUUGGAGUUUAUGUAGCACUUUACUCUUCCAUGCUGCUGAUUGUUUUAUUCUACUGAAAUAAAUGAUUUCAUCAAGCUUCUCAA